UGAACUUGGUCCCAUUCGGACCGGAAGUCGGUGAUGAAGAGGUAAUACCUGGUAUGUUAACGUCUGGGCAAACAAUCGAUCUCCAUAUGUAUUUCCCAUUCUACGGUGGUCUUUACAACUAUACAACGAUAUCUGUAAAUGGAUACAUCGGUUUCGCUACCGUACUGGAUCAAGGACCCACUAUCAACAUCGGCCCUGAAUCCACCGACUGGCCAAAGCACCAGGAUCCAGCUAUGAUUGCUCCGUAUCUCUGUAAACAGCAAAUUCCGCAAGAAAUGAAUCCGGGAAUGCGAUCGGGUGUUUUCUUCCGUUUGAUGAUGAGGCAGUCCUUGUUUGGUCGAGGAUCUGGCAGUAACAUGAACCUAGGUGGUUCGUAUCAGAGCAGCUUCUUUGGCCAGUCAGCUAUGCAGGCUUGUCAAGGAACAUCAGGAGGUUAUGUG